UCAUAAAGAUUCAUUAAUCCAUAUUUGGGUGUGAUUUGCCUUAAUCUACCUAUAACAAAAUUCGGUGCCGUGACUCGGAUCCAGACAGCUGACUCGGAAUUCAGCUCUGGGAGGGCGCCCCAUCCUUGGAUGGUCCCGGGGGGAAUCCCGACCGAGCUCAUCUGGAUUUUCCGAACCGAGAUAGGAGAGCAAAGAGGAUACGGGGUGGGGGAUCGGGCUCCCCGGUAACACCCCAAGACGGCCGUUCCCCGGAAUAUUUGUGCACGAAGACCGAAUGAAGACUCUGGACUGAAUACAGCUGUGCGGACUGCGGAGAAGGGGUGGACACACGCCAGCAGAAUUGAAGGGCCGGUUUCACCAAGAAAGUGGACUGCCACUCCACAGCCCGGGACACUGCGGGUGAAAAUAAGCAGGAACUGAGUGAAUGAGUAACCCUGACGAGGAGAUAAGUGACACUUUAAAUAGAUUCUUUCAGGUUCUACCAGGAGGGACACUAUGGAGAAUUCGCUUUGCACCCUGGAGCAUAAAAGAACCACUACCUGAACAAACAGGCGGUGCUGGAAUAUAUAGAUUGGUGGAUACUCUUUGGUAUGUUGUAUUAUGUUGUGAGGUAGAGACUGAGAUUCCUGAAACACCCCAAUUCGGAGAUUUGCUGGACAUUCCCUGCAUCAAGCACCCUGAUUCAGAACAUUUAUGUUGGGUAGUGUGUAAAUGCUUUAAUUGUAAUAAGGAAUGGUCUUGUAUAUCAUUUAGAAGACAACCAUAUUGUAUGAAGUGUCGCGGCAUAAUCAACAGGAGUCCAGAAGCCCAGGUGGAAAUUUGCAAAUUGUUCUGUGGGUGGGAAUUAUUAGUGCCUGAACGCUGGGAAAUUUACAAAACCGAUUGGUAUAGAGCAUUAGGACUGUGUGUUGCCAAGAUUGCAAGUUCACUGCAUAAAUCCCAGACCUAUUAGUAGCUGAACCCAUGCUGCUAACAGUGCUCAUUGUCACCUUUGGGGUAUUGAUAGUAGGCAUUUUUUUUUUCUGGUGUACCAGAGAAAGUGGUGUGGCCGCAGCCCCCUGGAGGUAAGAAAAGAAGAGGGCCCUGAACAGGAGUAACUUGGUGCCUGUUCUAUUCCCCUGAAGACUAUCUACUGCUGGCAAGAAGACCUUGAGAUCCUGUUGCUCCUUGCAAGGGAGUAGACAAGGAAAAGGCAGAGAGAUAUUGAAUAGUGGAGAAAAUGGAAACAGGUAUUCUGUUAAUAUUGCUAUUUGGCCUCACCAUCGAGAGUGAAUAUCAUCAGCCUUUCAUUUGGACCAUCGCUAGAUGGGACGAUUCUAAAAUUCUCAAGAUUAACAUUACGACGGGUGCACCCUCCUUUAACAUGACCAAUUGUGAAUUAUUAGACUCCACAGUAGGAUAUGCUGGAAGCACGGAACACUCUGAAUGUCACCCCUCUAGACAAUAUUCCUGGGGAGCGACAAAUUUAAAAGCUACCUACUGGUGUCCCAGUUCAAAUCCCGGCAAAAGUUAUUGCAACUUCCCUAACCACUAUUAUUGUGCCUAUUGGGGUUGUGAAACCAUAACCACUGGAGGAUGGGAGGCACCUAACAGGGACAAAUUUUUGAGUGUUGACUGGUGGCCCAAUAAGUGUCAGAAGCCUGCCUAUAAUCACGGUGGUGGAAUAAAUCGAGCUGGGACUUGCAAGUCCUUGAGGGUCUCGAUAUUGCAACACCAAGAUCCCGGAUGGCUAACGGGACGAACCUGGGGAAUAAGGUUUUGGGAACCUGGGACCGAUAGGGGGGUCCUAAUACGUAUUCAAAAACAUGAGGUUAAAAAUUCCCAAGUUAUAGGCCCAAAUUGAAUUAUUAAAGAACAAAAGGGUAAAAGGAAAAAGAUAAAAAAGUAGAGACUUCUACAAUAUCUCAGGGGUCAGAUCCAACCAGUACCCUUAAGAUGAACGAUGAGCAAAAGGCUGAUGUAUCCCUUUGGGCUGUAAAGCAGGCAGCCUAUCAGGCUUUAAACGCUACAGAUCCAAAUUUCACUAUCUCCUGUUGGUUAUGCUAUGACAUUAAGCCGCCUUUCUAUGAAGGAAUAGCUGUCUCCUCUCCUUUCAACACUUCUGAUGAGGAGAGCCCCUCCAGAUGUAACUGGAGAGAACGGAAAGCAGGGACCACUCUCCAACAGGUCAGAGGGAGUGGUUGGUGCAUAGGGAGAGUAACAAAUGGGAGAAAGGCCUUAUGCACAAACCAGAGUCAGAACUUUUCGCCCACCACUAAAUGGGUAUUACCAAGUCCAGGGGCAUGGUGGGCUAACACCCUGCCUAUCUAUCACCACUAUUAAACAAAAUACCUCUGAAUUCUGUGUUCAAGUCACAGCGGUACCAAGGAUUCUCCUAUAUGGAGAAGAAGCUAUGUACUCACAUUGGAGUAACUCAGCACACCGACUCAGCAAGAGGGAACCUGUAUCUGCUAUCACUAUCACAACCUUGUUAGGAUUGGGAAUUGCUGGAACCGCUACAGGUGUAACCUCCUUGGUGCAACAACAGGGCCUAACCUCUUUAAGAGCCGCAGUAGAUGAGGACUUAGCCCGCAUUAAGAAACCUAUAUCCUAUUUAGGAAAGUCAUUGACCUCACUAUCUGAGGUAGUUCUACAGAAUAGGAGAGGAUUGGACCUUUUGUUCUUGCAACAAGGAGGACUACGUGCCGCCUUGGGCGAGGAGUGCUGUUUUUAUGCCGACCACACUGGAGUUGUAAGAAAUUCAUUAGCCAAAUUGAGGGAGGGACUAGAGAAAAGAAAGCGAGAACGGGAGGCCCAAUCCUCCUGGUACGAAUCUUGGUUCAAUCAGUCACCAUGGUUAACUACUUUAAUAUCCACUCUGGUUGGACCUCUCGUAAUGAUCUUGAUCGCUUUGACAGUUGGGGCAUGUAUUCUUAAUAAGUUUGUAGCCUUUGUUAAAAAUAGAUUAGAGAAGGUACAACUGAUGGUGGUGAGACAAUCUGAAAUAGAGAUGAAAACAAUAUUAGAUGAAAAUCCUGAAUUAGAAGCAGCUCGUGAUGUAUUAGCGAAGUUGCAUCAGCAAAUUAAGGGUAAAUAGAAAAGGGCAGGAGUUGUUAUACAUGGUUAAAAGAUAAUUUGCUGAAUGUUAAGAAUUUAACCUUUGAAUUUCUUGCUUUGCUUAGGGAGCUUAAUAGGGAAAGUAUUAAGUAGUCAGACAAGAACCUACGGUUGGGGGCCCCUGCACAGGAUGUUGAAACCAGACGGUUACAUCCCGUCUGAGAAGGGAACAAAGCAUGGCUUCUGUAACAUUGAUAUACGAGUAAACAUUAAAGAAACCACAAGGUUAUGUUUCUAUAGCAACAUAUCUCGAGUAAGACCCUGGGUAACCAAAAGCAUGGGAAGCAGCUUGUGUUAACGAAAUUUGUAGCUAACUGCUUUGUUAAGAUUAUAUGAAGCGAGGAGAAGAAAGAGGAAGAUAAGAUCGCAGAAGAAGCCGGGAGGCGUGCCGAAGGUGUUGAAACCAGCAGCUGUGUGGAUAAAAAGGGGGGUUUUAACUUAAACAAUUUGGUGAGCCUGGACGGAGCUGCGACUCCUCGGCCACCCCAGCGCUGCAUUUGCUCUCUUACCUUCAUAAAGAUUCAUUAAUCCAUAUUUGGGCGUGAUUUGCCUUAAUCUACCUAUAACACCUAUUCUAAAAUUGGACUUCAGUCAAUUAUAUCAACUGGGCAACCCCAACUUGCUCUCCAAGUGGUUUCCUGAAUUGUUGUUCCUCGGGGGACGCCCCACAAAUUGUGGCUCGAGGAGCAGCAGUGCGGGUUAAUCUCUGGGGAUCAACGAGCGAAAAGAGGGGCAAUAACCAAAGGAAUCGGAGCUCCAAGGGAAAGACCGCAGUGUAAAUUACCCGUCAUUCCGGUGCACGAAGAUCGGAGCGAAGACGAUGGAGUCGUGAGUAUAAGGGCUGCCGUUCGGUUGGGUGGGAUUCGGUUGCUUGGGCGUGAGAGUGUGAUUGAGACGGAACCUCACCCUGGAAACAAAAAUAGUUUCGGAGCCAGGAUUUGAGUUCCGAAGCGGGUGCGGAGGUCUGCUAACCGCGGUUCCAAACUCCCGCAGGGGAUUCGGCCGGUGAAGGACCGAAGCGGAUCCUAUAGGACUCGUGGGUGGGAGCGUGGGUCCUAGGGGUACGUGGGUGGGUGAAGGGUUCAACCCCCCCGCAAGACACUCUUACCGGUAACCAAGGACGAGAGGAAUUGCCACAGAAUUCCCAAGGGAUACGUGGGUGGGUGAGGGAUUCAACUCCCUGGAUCCAACCCCCUACAAGGGCGAUAGGAGUUGCCACAAAAUUCCUAAGAAUGGGCCAAAAUAAGUCAAAAUCUGAAAAGGGGUCAAAAUCUGAAAAGGGAAGAAAGGAGGAAAAAGAAUUGCCAGAUAUCCCCCCAGACAGUCCCCUUGGGACAAUGCUUAAGCACUGGGGUUCCUGGCCAUCUCAGAACGGGAAAACUAAGGAAAAGAUGGUCCAUUACUGUAUGGAAGUAUGGACAAAAGAGGAAAUUCGGCCCGAUCACCUAUAUUGGCCGAUAUUUGGAUCUUUUGAUGAUUGGAUCUGUCAGGUAUUGAAUCUAUAUGUGAAUAGUAAAGAACCCUUUAGCCAGGAAGAGAGUGAAUAUGCUGCACUGUGGAAAGGCUCGGAAACUGGAAGAUCGCUUUCGUUAUUUCCUUUGAAAGAAAAGAAAGAAAAGGAAACAGAAGAAAUAGAAACUAAACCAAACGCGUUAUCGUGGGAGCCAUUAGAUAAUUUACCCCCACCUUAUAUAAGGCAGAACGCGGAAGGCCGUCAGGAGAGAAUAAAUCCCCAACUGCCUCCUGACCCCUCUCCGUUGGCUCCCCCACCCUCUCCUCCUUCUAGUCACACCAGGAGCAAAACAGUACAGAGAGAGAGGGAUAAAAUUCAUGAAAAAGAAGAAGCAGUGACCCUAGCCCCGCUUCAAGAGGUACCGAUGGGAGGGGACAUAGGAGGAAUUGGAUUUGUAACAGUACCUUUAAAUACAGGUGAUGUGAGACUCUUUAAAAAGGAAAUGGGUCAUUUACUAGACGAUCCUUUGGGAGCCUCUGAACGAUUAGAUCAGUUCCUAGGUCCUCAUACCUACACCCGGGAGGAAAUGCAGUCUAUCUUAGGAAUAUUAUUUACGGCCGAAGAAAGAUCUAUGAUUAGACAAGCGGGAAUGUGGAUGUGGGAGAGAAGGCACCAACAGGGCCCUCCUGGAGAACAAAAAUGGCCUAACCAGAACCCAAACUGGAAUAACCAAAAUGCCCGUGAUAGGCAAAAUAUUAACAAGGCUUUUAGCGAAUAUCAGGGGAGGGACGAGUCUCCUGCGGACUGGCUAGAGAGGUUGCGAAAAAAUUUACAGAUGUAUUCUGGGGUGGACCCAGCCUCUCCGGUUGGAGAAGCGUUAUUAAAACCCCAAUUUGUAGCCAGAUCCUGGGGAGAUAUAAGAAAGAAACUGGAGAAGUUGGAUGAUUGGCAAGAUCGAGGACUGCAGGAAUUGUUGAGGGAAGCUCAGAAAGUGUAUGUGCGGAGAGAUGAGGAGAAGCAGAAAGAGAAAGCAAAACUAUUUGUAGCGGCGGUCCGGGAAAUUCUGCAAAAGGAACAACAGAGAACGAUCUCAAAAACUCCCAGAUCGGAAGGUAAAAGAGGGCAGUCAAUGAUCCCGAGGGAGAGGAAUAGGGGUUCUCCUCGGGGAAUACCUGAAUGUUAUUAUUGUAGGCGGAAGGGACAUAUCCAAAGGCAUUGUUGGAAGCGAAUGAAAGAUGAAGAGAUGUUUUAAGAAUGAAGAAUAGGGGUGUCAGGGGCUACAUAUUUUGGGGACCAGAACAAUAACGGAGCCCUGGAUAAAUUUAAAAAUAGGUCCCUAAGGAGGGGAAGUGGCAUUUUUAGUAGAUACAGGGGCUGAAAAAUUGACGGUCCAGCAUAUUCCUAGAGGUUGUCAAAUCAGCAGGGAUACAACCCUGGUGGUGGGUGCUAACGGGAAACCUUUUAGAGUCCCCAUUAUUAAGAAUGUAGAAAUUGAAUCAAAAACUUGAAUAUGUGUAGGAGACUUUUUAUUAGUUGAAGAAGUAGAAGAAUAUUUUAUUCAACUAAUAAAAAGAGACUUUUAUUCAACUAAUAAAAAGAGACUUUUUAUUAGUUGAAGAAGAAGUUGAAGAAUCUCUUAGGACAAGAUUUAAUUAUUAAAUUGGGUAUAGGGUUAGAGGUAGAGAGACACAAUAUCUCUGUAAAGUUGUAUCACUUAACUGAAGAGGAUGAAAAACGGAUAACCCAGAAGGUUUGGUAUAAUAAAGGAGAAAUAGGAAAAUUGGAUAUUGAACCGCUAGGAGUGGGAAUCAUAAACCCAAGAGAACCAAUAAGAAUUAGGCAAUAUCCAACCUCGUUAGGAGGAAGAAAAGGAUUAAAACCAAUAAUUGAUGAUUUAAUUCAAAAAGGGACUUUGGAGCCUUGCAUGUCCCCACAUAAUACCCCCGUCCUUCCAGUUAAGAAACCAGAUGGUAGUUAUCGGCCGGUCCAGGAUUUGAGAGCCGUCAACCAGAGGACCAUCACUAGGUUCCUGGUAGUGGCAAAUCCACACACUUUAUUGAAUCAACUAUCCCCUGAACAUAUCUGGUACAGUGUAAUAGAUUUGAAGGAUGCUUUUUGGGCUUGCCCACUAUCAGAAGCCAGUAGGGAUUAUUUUGCCUUUGAGUGGGAAGAUCCGGUCACAGGCAGAAGACAACAGCUGAGGUGGACAGUACUACCUCAAGGCUUUACUGAAUCUCCAAAUUUGUUUGGACAGGCACUAGAAAAAUUACUCACGUCCUUCGAAACUAAAGGUGAAGUAAAACUCCCACAAUAUGUAGAUGAUUUGUUAAUAGCGGGGAAAUCGGAAAAGGAGGUUUGGGAGAACACUAUAGAUUUUUUGAAUUUUCUUGGAGAAAGGGGACUGAAAGUGUCACGGAGUAAAUUGCAAUUUACUGAACCAGAGGUAAAAUACUUAGGGCAUUGGAUCACUAAAGGGAAGAAGAAAUUAGACCCAGACAGGAUAGCAGGGAUAGUUGCCUUGACGGCUCCAAAAACAAAAAGAGAAAUUUGACAAUUACUGGGACUGCUGGGAUAUUGCAGACAAUGGAUGGAGGGGUUCAGUGAGAAGGUAAAGUGUUUAUAUGAAAAACUUACUUCGAACGUGAUAAAAUGGUCGUCACAGGAUGAUGAAAAAUUCCAAAGUCUUAAGGAUACCCUGGUAACGGCUCCUGUAUUGAGUCUCCCAACCUAAAUAAACCGUUCCAACUCUUUGUAAAUAACCAGUAA